AUGCUGGCGCCCAGGUCGUACACACGCGAGGACGUCAUCGAGCUCCAAGUUCACGGUGGCCCCGUCUGCUGCCGCCGCGUGCUGCGCGCCGCGAUCGAGGCAGGCGCGCGGCCGGCACGGCCCGGAGAAUUCACGCUGCGGGCCUUCCUGAAUGGCCGCCUGGACCUGAGCCAGGCGGAGUCUGUGAUGCAGCUGGUGGAGGCGCGGACGGCGGCGGCGGCGGACAGCGCGCUCGCCGGGCUCAGGGGCGGCGUGGGGCAGGAGGUCCGGCAAAUCAGGGAGGGCGUCCUGGACGUGCUGGUGGAGGUUGAGGCCCGCAUCGAUUUCGAGGAGGACCUGGGGCCGCUGGACACAGACGCAGUGAAGCGCGACGUGGCGGCGCUGCAGCGGGACAUCGAGGCGGCGCUGCGCACGGCGCGGCAGGGCGCGCUGCUGCGCAACGGCCUGCAGGCGCGCGGCCGGCGCGCGUGGGAGGAGGGGAGGCGCGGUGUGGCGAUCGUUGGGCGGCCUAAUGUGGGGAAAUCUUCGCUGCUCAACGCGUGGACGCGGACGGACCGGGCCAUUGUCACAGACAUCGCCGGCACCACGCGGGAUGUGUUGGAAGCGGACCUGGUGGUGGGCGGCGUCCCCCUCACGCUGCUCGACACAGCCGGCAUCCGGGACUCGACCGAUGAGGUGGAGGCCAUCGGGGUUGGCAGGAGCCAGGCCGCGGCCUCGAACGCUGACAUUGUGCUGAUGGUGGUGGAUGCAUCGGCGGGCUGGACUGAGGCCGAUCAGGUCAUCUACUCAGACCUCUGGGGCAAGGGGCCGGGCACGAGGUCGUGCCGCGUUAAGGGCAUGUCGCUGCUGGUGGCCAACAAGGCCGACCUGGCAGGCAACCAGGAGGUGCCCCUGCCCCUGCCGGUGAAAGAGGCGUUUCGCUCUGUGGUGCGGACCUGCGCGGUCAGCAGGGACGGGCUGGGGAGCCUAGAAGAGGCAAUCCUGCAGCUGGCAGGGGCCCCGCAGCUGGCGUCUGGCGGCGUGUCAUGGGCCGUCAACGAGCGCCAGGCCGAGGCGCUGGUCAGGGCGCAUGAGGCGCUUAUGGGGGUGUCCCAGUCCGUCCAAGAGGGUUUGCCUUACGACUGCUGGACCAUUGACCUGCGCGCAGCGGCCAUAGCCCUGGGGGAGGUCAGCGGCGAUGAGGUGGCAGAAGAAGUGCUGGACAGCGUUUUCAGCAGGUUUUGCCUUGGGAAGUGA